AGUGCGAGUGAUCAGAGACAGACGUGGCAUGGCACUAGCAUGGCAUCAUCGUGAAUGAAUUGCAGAUAGACGGACAAGCGGUGCGAUGGGACGCAAAUCACCGAAACUGGCAGGACAUGGAAGUGUUUUAUGUGGGCUAGGGAUGAAAAGAAGUACCCGGACAUGGCAGGCGAGAAGCCUGCUGGGAUGGCGGAGAGAAUCAUUAGCAUUCAGCCGGAGCGGGCGCGGCAAUGAUUGGGCGGUCGAUUGGAAAAGCGUCGAAGAAGCAGCAGACAUGUCAAACUAACUUCCCAGUUUGGACGGGACUCUGGCCGAUAAGGGAAUACCAGCCAUCGCCGUCUCUACUGGGCCUCCGCCUCCCGGCCUCUCCUUAUAAUUCCCCGACAUCACGUUCUUGUGUCUGGCCAGUAUUUACUUUCUUCGCCGCUGUACCCAUCUCUCCGCCAGUCUCGUUCUUUUCCUUUUCCUCUCUAUCCCUAUAUACCAACCAGCUAUGAUCGACUCCUCCUUUGUAUCCCUCACCCUCGCAGUCCUUGCUGCCAUCGUAUUCACCAAGGAGAUCCUCCUCGCCCCCGCCGUUGGCAAGCUUCCCCCCAGUCCGCCUUCGGAUCCGAUCAUUGGCAAUGCUCGGGUUAUGCCACUCGAGUAUGCAUACAAGACUUUCGGAGCUUGGUUGAAGGACUAUGGCGACCUCAUCUAUGUCGCCGUCCUCGGUCGCCCAAUGAUUAUCGUUAACUCUGCACAGGCUGCCCGAGACCUCAUGGAGAAGAAGGGCGCAAUCUACUCUAGCAGACCACGCAUGGAAAUCAUGGGUGAAAUGAUGGGCUGGUCCAAGACACUUCCUUUCCUCAAGUACGGCGAACGCUUCCGAAAGCACCGCCGGAUGAUGCAGCAGCACUUCAACGCGAAAGCCGUAGCCGCUUUCAGACCAAUCCAAUCGAGCCAGGUCAACCAAUUCCUCCGUAACAUGCUUACCGUCAAGCCAGAGCUGAUCGUGAAGCAUGUGCACGGGUUGAUUGCGAGCUCAAUUCUUUUGACAACGUUCGGCCAUGAGGUCAAGGAUGUUGAGACAGACGAAUACAUUAGCCUCGUCAAGCGGACGACAAAAAUGACUACUGAUUCUGGUAGCCCUGGUGGCACCAUUAUCGACCUCUUUCCGGUCUUACGCCACCUCCCAGAAUGGCUUCCCGGUAUGGGUCUCAAGCGCCACUCUCUCAAGACGGCAGAACUUGUUGCCGAAGUCAUGAGAAUGCCCCUUCGGGAGCUAAAAGAGAAGAGAGCUGCUGGCCAAGCACCCCCAUGCUACGUUAACCAUCUGCUUGAUGAGUACGAAAGCACUGGAAUAAUUGACAAGGAGCACGAGGAAGACAUCCGGUGUAUCGGCGCCGUGAUUUACUCCGCUGGUGUUGAGACUACGGAAGCGACUAUUGCGACGUUCUUCUUGAUGAUGACCUUACACCCGGAAAUCGUCAAACGUGCUCAGGAGGAGAUUGACCGUGUUAUUGGCUCGGACCGGUUACCGACAUACGAGGACAGACCGAGUCUGCCGUACAUCGAGGCCAUCAUGAAGGAGAUCUUCCGUUUCAACCCAGCUGUACCAAUUGGUAUCCCACACGAAUCAACACAAGUAGAUAUUUACCGAGGCUGGACGAUCCCCAGUGGAUCGAUGAUCCUACCAAACAUCUGGCAGAUGAUGCGUGAUGAGCGGUACUACCCCGAUCCAGAGCGUUUCGACCCGGAACGGUACAUGAGCAAGAAAAAGGGAAUGGGGGACGAUGCGUCUGAUUCGGGUGAUGAGAUCGAAGUUGAGAAGAGUGCGAACCUGAAGGAGGAUGAUCCUUCGACGCUUGUGUUUGGGUUCGGUAGACGGUUAUGUCCCGGCCGACACUUUGCCGAGGCAACCGUAUUCCUCACAUACGCAUGCUUCCUUGCGGCUUUCGAUAUCCGGCCUUACGUUAACUCUGAGACGGGGAAGGAGGAGUUACCUGAAAUUGCGUUUGCUUGUGGGACUUCGAGUAACCCGAUGCCGUUCAAGGCAGUCGUAACUCCUCGUAGCGAGAAGCACAGCAGACUCGUUGAGGGUCUGCAGGUGUACGCUUAGAGCUGUGCAGCUAUGAGACUGCGUCUCUUCCUCCUUGGCUCCCUCGUACCUUCUUUUACCCAUGAUUUAUCCCCUACCUGCCUACUUCCCCACCAUUCACAUCACAUUGCACAAUGUAAUAUCACCUCGGACUGAAUCUUCAACCUACCCGCUGAUUCGGGAAAACCACUGUCGCUCCUUACCUUUUUAUUACCUUUUCUCUUCUCUUUCAUCGACAACACACUUCGUUCUUUCUGUUGAGCAUACGAUCGACCACCACACUACUCGGUCAACACAGAUUCACAUCUUUUUUUCUCUCUUAAAUUCAUCUUUGCAUUCCGAUUUUUUGAGCCUUUUAUUGGUUUCAAUUUUCAAGUUCGCGGAUUUAUUAUACCCACUCCUAACAUCCCUCGCCUCCCUCUUCCUCUCCCAUCUCGUCUUUGAACCUGGGUUUGUUGUCAGGCUCUGGUAUCCCGACUUUGUCCUCUCCAUGCUAUCCCUCAGGAAACGACGACUUGCUAUCAAAAAAUGCGUCUCGUUUUCCCUCCUCCCUAAAAUCCUUCUUUUCGUCCUUUGAUCCUCUACCCAUGCAUAACCCUCGUCUCGCCUCAAUCACACCAAUUCCGCCAGUGUAGCGGUACCAACACCAACCUCGACACCAAUUUAUCACAUCUACAACAUUUACAGCUUGCACAUUUGCAACUCUACAACUGUAUAUUCCCCUUGUGAUGGACUUCAGCACUUUUGGUUGCUAUAAUCCAUAAUCAAUACUUCCUA